AUGAUCCCUGCUCGACAGUCCAUCCGGCAUGUUUGGGGCACUGCUGUAGGUGCACGGAUCAAAAAGCAUGCACCUUCAGCUGCCCAGAAUUAUGGUAUUGCGGCAAUGCAACGUUCCGCACGAAUUAUGACCCCGGUGGCCCAUAUCAACACAAGUACCGGAUGCAUGAUGCCCCGGAGCAAAAACAACAACAUGCCCCGCAUGGUAGUGGUUCAGGCUGAAGAAAAAGAUGGAUAUGAUACGAAAAAGCGCUCAUCCGGUUCGGAUAAUGCAAACCGAUCCAGCUCAAAGCUGUCGGAACGUGAUUCCGAUCAUAAUCCCAAGGAAAGCGGCGACGAUUCACUUGAGGAUGGUCGCGGAAAUGGUGGCAAUGGUGGAGAGAGCGGUAGAUCUGGUUCGUUUGGAGACAAUUCAGACGACUCAGGAGAUCAUGACGAUGAUGGGAAAAACGAUCGUGGCUCUCUCAUUAUGUCUCGAAACACUGUGCCUAGUAUCUAUCCACAGGUUUUGGCUCUCCCUAUCACGCGUCGUCCAUUAUUUCCUGGAUUUUACAAAGCUGUGGUGAUAAAAAAUCCUCAUGUGUGUGCGGCUAUUAAAGAGGCCAUGAAGCGUGGUCAGCCGUAUGUGGGCGCAUUUCUUCUCAAGGACGAGGAGGAAGACUCGGAUGUGAUUCCUAGCUUGGAUCGUGUUCAUCGGGUUGGCGUCUUUGCCCAAAUCACUAGCAUUUUCCCAGCUCACAGCGGAUCCAAGGUAGAUGACUCGGAUGAUGGCAUCACCGCUGUCUUGUACCCACAUCGGCGGAUUAUUAUUGAUGAGCUGAUCACUCCCAUGCCCAAAGAACAUGUAGGGGAUGAGCGUACAGAUUCAUCACCUAUUGUCGAAGAGGUUUCAGGAAUGCCCGAAUCAAAUACUAAUGCAUCUGUCAAGCAAAGCAUGGUGUCUGACAGCGAGCCGAGAGAAUUAGAGCCGAAGUCACAUUCCUCAUUUGAUGAAUCUCCCCAAUCCACUGAAAUCCCUUCACACAAUCCUCCAUUCCAAACUGCUUUCCUGCACCGAUAUGAAGUCUCGCUUGUGAAUGUUACCAACCUUGAGAUGGAACCAUAUGAUCGAAAACCCAAUCAAUACAUUCGAGCCAUCAUGUCUGAGCUGAUCAGCGUGUUUAAAGACAUUGCGAACUUGAAUCCACUAUUUCGCGACCAGAUUGCAAACUUUAGCAUUUCUCAAGGUGCAGGCAACGUGUUUGAAGAGCCUGAGAAACUCGCCGACUUUGCUGCAGCUGUCUCGAGCAGUGAAGUAGACGAGCUUCAAGGUGUGUUAGAGUCGAUGAAUGUGGAAGACCGCUUGCAGAAAGCACUUCUCGUACUCAAGAAGGAGCUUGUCAAUGCACAAUUGCAAAGCAAAAUCAGCAAGGAUGUCGAAAGCAAAAUUCAAAAACGCCAGCGUGAAUACUACUUGAUGGAACAGCUCAAGGGUAUUAAAAAGGAGCUUGGACUCGAGUCGGAUGGGAAAGACAAGCUUAUUGAAAAAUUCAAGGAGAAAGCUACAAAAUUGAACAUGCCAGAGUCUGUUCGUAAGGUGUUUGACGAGGAAAUCGCCAAGCUUCAGACGCUCGAACAAGCCGCGAGUGAGUUUAACGUAACGCGUGGCUACCUGGAAUGGCUCACGAGCAUUCCAUGGGGCGUGUAUUCUCCAGAUAAUUACGCGAUUAAACGUGCGAGUGGUGUGCUGGAUGAAGACCAUUUUGGGCUUAACGAUGUAAAGGAUAGGAUCCUGGAGUUUCUCGCGAUCGGCAAGCUUCGUGGUACCGUGCAGGGGAAAAUUAUCUGCCUGGUCGGACCACCAGGUGUGGGAAAAACGUCGAUUGGCAAAUCGAUCGCGCGUGCUUUGGAUCGACAGUUUUACCGCUUCAGCGUGGGUGGUCUGAGUGAUGUCGCUGAAAUCAAAGGGCAUCGUCGAACGUACGUGGGCGCGAUGCCAGGCAAAGCUAUUCAGGCACUGAAAAAAGUCGGCACUGAAAAUCCCUUAAUUUUGAUUGAUGAGGUGGACAAGCUUGGCCGCGGCUACAAUGGUGAUCCUUCUUCUGCGCUUCUUGAGAUGCUUGACCCUGAGCAGAAUAGCUCAUUCUUGGACCAUUACAUGGAUGUGCCCGUCGACCUCUCGCGCGUACUUUUCGUGUGUACAGCGAAUACACUCGACACAAUUCCUCAGCCACUGCUUGAUCGAAUGGAAGUGAUCGAGGUGUCCUCGUACACAGCCGAAGAAAAGCGCCACAUUGCUCGCGAUUACCUUGCGCCUCAAGCUAAAGAAGCGUCCGGACUCAAAGAUACAGACGUAACGCUGCCAGAUGAAUCGAUUGACUUCAUUAUCAAACGUUAUGCUCGUGAGAGUGGUGUGCGCGGACUACGCAAGCUGUUGGAGAAAGUAUUCCGCAAAGUUGCAUUUGACAUUGUGAAAGAGCAUGGCGAAGAUGUAUUCCCAGAGCCAUUGAAAGGUGCGGAACCUCGGUCGAACCAGACUGGUGUUCAGAGCGACAAUGUGCAAGUGACAACAGAAGAGCGGCAACCCAUGAGUGUUCCGUCGUCUGUUUCACUCGUUAUUACUGAAGAAAAAUUGCGGCGCUACCUUGGACCGCCAAUAUACCACAAGGACCGCAUGUACACUCAUACAAUGCCGUCUGGUGUCGCUCUGGGUCUUGGGUACCUGGGCAAUGGAUCUGGGUCUUUGAUGCCCAUCGAAACUACUCUCAUGCCCGGGAAAGGUAAUUUGCAUCUUACAGGCAAGCUUGGUGACGUUAUUAAGGAAAGUGCAUCGAUUGCUCUCUCCUGGAUCAAAACUCACGCUCAUGAAUUGGGUAUCACGAAGGAUGCAGCCGACACGCUUCUAGAGAACCGUGACGUGCACUUGCACAUGCCAGAAGGUGCAAUCGGCAAGGAAGGCCCCUCAGCAGGCGUGGCUUUCGCCGCAAGUCUGAUCAGUCUUCUUACUGGCAAAGCACUUCCAACGACAUUAGCCAUGACUGGCGAGGUGUCACUACGUGGCAUGGUUCUUCCAGUGGGUGGGCUGAAAGAGAAGCUUCUUGCUGCCCACCGCGCCGGCAUCAAGACAGUGAUCUUGCCUGCGCAUAAUCGCUCAAGUGUAGAAGCCGAUGUGCCAAAAUCUGUCCUCGAUGAUUUGAACGUACAUUAUGUCACCAACAUCUGGGCGGCUUUGGAUGUAGCAUUUGGUCCUGGCACUUGGAGCGAGCAGGCGAGCGUGUGGAGUGCGAAUGAAACGCCAGAGGCUGCUAGCCAAUAG